UUUGCUUACGCUUCACUCAUCUGAGAUAUUAGCCUGUCGUGUAAACAUUGACCUCGGAUUGUGGCUUAUGUCAAACUAUUGUAUUAUUUUGAAGCGGUCCUCGAAUUACAUUGUGUUGGAGCUAAAAUGUUAAAUAUCCAUUUUUGUUUGUGUUUUUAUACCCUCUAGGCCACCGUAAUUGUUGCUGAGGAAUUCGUGUCAUGGCCGCCACGGGGAGAGCUUACUAGGCGAUUUCCUAAUAAACUGCCUUCAACUCGGACAGCAAAAUGUGAAAUGGCAGCUGUUUUCCUGGUCACCCUGUAUGAGUACUCCCCGCUGUUCUACAUCAGUGUGGUGUCUUUGUGUUUCAUUGUGACCGCUGCCGUGGUGCUAGGCUGGUUUGGCUUUGAUGUCCCAGUGAUCCUUCGCAGCUCAGAUGAGACAGAGUCCAUCCUACCAACCCCUGAGAAGCAAAUGGUCCAGGUGACCAAUCCCUUCGCCCUGGAGAUGGGCUCUGGGAUGGCAUCUGUCACUGAUGGUGCGUCAGUGAGGCCUUGCUGUCUGGAGCCCUGUGUCCUAAAUUGUUUCUGGGGCUGUGAGGUCAAUGCCCUAAAGGGAGCGCUGCAGGCUCAUCAGCACGGACGGAGCCUCAGCACCCCUCAACAUUUCCAGGAGGCCCUGGACCAAUGCUACCACCACUGCCAGAGCUUUCAUGUCAACAGUGAGGACAGCGAGGAACACCACACACAGAUUCCACACCAGGGGAUCACAGACUUUGGACCGUUGCCAAGGGAACUCUACCCUCUUGUGGCUGUGCUGACGCUGGCAGAGCCAGAAGCCAGAGACUCGUACAACAUUGUGGCCAGUGUGACAGUCCUUCAUGUUCCUGAUGACAAAUAUAGCCUUUCUGCUCGGAUUCUCUUUCAGUACCUUCUCACCUCACAGGGGAACAUGUUCGAGUUGAAGCCUCUGUUCAUGUCAGCUGACAGCAGGGAGACGCCUGGGACACUUGAAAUAGAGCACGGAACCACACCCAGCGAACCCACAGAGGAGGAGGCCCGCAGAGUGGAGCAGAGUCCCGGGCUGGAGAAUGAGGAGGAUGAAGACUGGUCAGAGGCGACGGGCAGAGACUGUGUGGUCUGUCAGAACGCAGCAGUCAACAGGGUGCUGCUACCCUGCAGACACGCCUGUGUAUGUGACAGUUGCAUGUCACACUUUCAGCACUGCCCCAUCUGCCGAGCCUUUGUCCUGGAGUCAUUUGCCUUGACACGGGGAGCAGCUGCAGAUCAGUGACUCCACAAUUCGUCCGUUAAUAGACAUAAAUCGCAGCGACGCAGUCAUCGCUGGCUUUACAUCCAGUUUCCAUCAAUGGAAAAGUUCAGCUGGACUGUAGAGAUAUGUGUGAAACAUCAGGGGGUUACACUGCAGCAGCUGCAGACUGAAGAAACGACUCCAUACUGUUCCAGUCUGCACACUGACUACUGAAUGAAUGUAGUGUGCAUUUGGGAAAGUGCUGUAGCAGGAGUUACACUCCACUUAGACUCACACAUUUGCCUCGAUGGUCUUUGUUUCAACUUUUGCUCUUUAACACUGGUCAAACAUUCCUCGCAGGUCACUGACGGUGUCAAACAGGAACCAGAGCUGCAACACAGUCAGUAUUUCAUACUAUGGUUUUAUCUGUGCUGACUGUCCAACUGUGUUCAGGUGGAAGCUAGUAAUAUAUUAAUUCAAUUUUAUUUGUAUAGUGCCAAAUCAUAACAUACAUUAUCUCAAGGCACUUUACAUAGUGAGGUCGAGACCUCAUAAUAUUACAGAGAAAACCAAACAGCUCCCACAAUGAGCAGCUCUUGAGACUAGAGAAGAAAAAACUCCCUUUUAACAUGAAGACAGUAACUGAUGUUUUUUGUAGAUAGGUAUAUUAUGAACAAAAUAAUAUACAUUAUGUUGGCAAAACAGAAAGGUGCAUGAUUUUAACUUGAUUAAAUAUCAGACUGUGAUAUUUCAUCAUUUAUAUAUUCUCCACUUUGUGAAUGUAUUUGUUCUUGAAUAUGUUGGUUUGACCUCUGUUGCAGCCUCUCUGCUGUAUUUAUUAACCACUGCAAAUACUCAUGUUUCAUCUGACCCAGUGUAUGUAAAGGUGACCGUAUUAGCUAUGAGGAAGAAUUAAAAGGACUAAACUCA